AUGGCGCGGAGACCUAGCGAUGCCUUCUCCCAGCACAGCGUCGGCAGCGACGCGCCGUCCGGGCGCCCGCGCCGCAUGUCGAUGGAGGAGGACAUGUUUUACCGCGAGCUCAUGACGUCGCGGCCCGCCAAGCCACCGAGCUACGACUCGGCCGUGAAGGCCGCCGUCGCCGCGCAGAGGAGGGCCCAAGCAGCUUCCGGGCAGGGUAUCGCCAGGCACAUCACCGAGGAUGUGCUGCCGCAGUAUUCGUGCGCUGUGCAUAUGGAGGGGGUGUUUAUGCGCAAGAUGGAGAUCGAGGAGACGACCAAGCGAGCCGAGUACCGCGACUGGAGGAUGGUUUACGUCGAGCUGCGGGGCACUGCGCUCAACGUCUAUUCGGUCAAAAAGGAACGUGGGUGGUGGUCGUCCUCCAAACAUGACGGGCCCGACAUUUUGCCCGACAACCCGCCGUGGGUGAAGAAGUCGACGUUGGAAAAGAGCUACAGCCUGCUUCAUGCGGAUGCGGGGAUAGCCGCCGACUACAGAAACGAAGGCAAGACGGGAGUGACGAAGACGAGGACGGCGAUGAGAGGUGGAGGUGACGAACCAGCAGAUCUGGAUUACGGAGGAGACGAAGACGGAGCCGCCGGGUACGGCCCGCGGACCGACCACCCGAUCGUGGGGCGAUUAUCGACGACAUCGUAUCCGAACGAGAGCAUCGACCCCGAGACGGGCAAGUGGAAGCCGCAACACGGCUGGAGCACGACACACGACCUGCUAUACGCGCGGCUGUGCUACAGUGUGCUGCUGUUCAAGAGCCCGCGCAAGAGCAACUAUGUGAUUGCGCGGGGUAAACGCUGGUACGUGGACUGGGGUACCGGGCGCAUGGUCCGGGCGCUGCCGCCGGCGUAUGGCGAGCUGGAUGUUAUGGGCCCGUGGCAGGUCAUCAUGCCGGAGAACAGGCUGAUUUAA